AUGGAAAAGGCUGUUCAGGUCCCUCGAAUGCGCGACAUCUAUGCGAAUGCUGAAGAAGUAGUCGUAUGGCUGGGACAGGGAGACCAGCAGAUUCGAGACCUUCUUGACCGACUAGCACACACCCCAGACACGGCGACAGCUCGAAAGGCCGCUGAGAUAGAUGGACUAGGCGACCAGUUGGAGGACCUGUGCGUUUGCUCUGCUUCAGGUCCGAAAACUUCAGAGGAGCUCGUUAAAAGCAUGCAAGCUCUGCUGUGCUUUCUAUGGUUUAGUCGAGUGUGGUGUAAACAGGAAAUCUGGGCAGCUCGCAAAGCAUCGCUACAUUAUGAAGACAUUUCAUGCCAAUGGCAAAACUUCGACGUCAGUUUCUUCGAACGGAUGGUUGCGAGUACUACUGGAGACGUUCAAAGUGUUCCGGGCAUAAUAGCGGCUAGGCAGGGCCUUGCACGAAUUCGAAAUCAACUUGUGAGAGCCGACAGUGCAACACUUGCAAGCGUGAGAGACAAAGACAAGUGCAACCACUACCUCAGCGAAGAUUGCAAGCUGGAUAUAGUCAACGUCAUACGUCGAUGCUAUAGCAGUCAAUGCAAAGACGAGAGAGAUCAUGUAUACGGCCUCAUGGGGAUGUCUUCGAUAAACACAUAUAUCCACGAAGAGGACGAUAAGAGGAACGAAAUGCUAUCUGUGGACUAUUCACAAGAUCAGAGCACGGCCAAGACUUAUGAGGACUUGGCCCGCUAUGUCAUCGGCCGCGAUGAUAGGCUCUCCAUCGUGUUCUUAAAGGGAAUUUUUGAUCACGAGCAGCCAAGAGGUAAAUGCACUGAACAGCCGUUGCCGACCUGGGUGCCAGACUGGGGACGUGACUACGGGUCGUUGAAAUGGUUGACAUCAAGGGUUGCAAAACCUUUGAGCGAAGAACAACUGCCGCUGGUGUAA